AUGGCGUUCCAAGCAAGGUGGCGGGAGCUCACCAAACUCGGCUGGAAAUUCAGCAAGCCUACAGGUCUCUCGGAUGACUUCACGUACGUCAUGCCGGGGAGGACGAAGAAGAACGGCGUGCGCGGUCAGGAUUACUUCGUCGGCGAAGAAGAAUUGAUGAAUCACUUGGACCAGAUUGACCUCGGUGAGUUCGGUACAUUUUAG